UCCACCUCAAUCACUUGCUCCGUCGCACCAUCAUCAUGAUGAGAAGGCAACCACCGGCCGUACUGGUCAGGCAUAAUAAUUCAGGCCGCCUUCUCCGGCAGCAGCAAGUCGGUCGACCAUCUUACGAUUCUGUCCAUCAUAAUAAGAAGUUGAGUACUCUUAUUUCUCCAUCUCCCGACCUUGUUUCACACAACCAUCCAGUCGCAGCUCCUCCAGCCCAAGACAAACAUACACCUGAUCGUGAUCCGACCAUCGCGGCCACCGCCGGCGACUCUGUCCUGAGCAAUCUUGGAGUACUAGUAUUAGAUUGCAGCAGUGCCACGGACGAAAGGAGCUUGCCCGUCUCAGUUUGUCCUCGGUGUGUAGAUGUGCACGUUAAUUUGAAGUGCAGCACUGCAGCAGAAGAAGAAGCAUGGGGCAGCAUUAGUAUUACUACCUCUCUGUCCUCCUCCACUUCCGGGACACUUCAUGGGUGGUGGUGGCGGGAGGAAGAGAAAGCGUUCCCACCCAAGAAGCGAAGGCGGAGCUUGGACUACUUCUACCUGUGCAGCAGCAGCUUAAUAAAAAUUGAUGAUAGCUACGCUGAGGAAACCAGUAGUGGCAGUAGUAGUACUGCUUUAUUCACGACAAAGAAAGGCGGCGGAGAGCGGAAGAGGAAAAUGGUGACGAUGAGCGCUCUACUCCGACGGACUUCCCCGGCCGGCGGCCCCGUUUAGCUAGAUGCAAUAUCACUAAUUAAGUAUAAUAUAUCGUACUAUCAGUACGUACUACUAGUUAGCUACUUCUUUAGGGUUCAAAUUGUCGCUCGGCAUCAUCAGCAUGCCUGUAAUUAUAAAGCUGCAUAUCUUCAUCACUGCGCUUUGUAUAUAUGUAAGUACUCGCAGUACUGGAGAGAAUGCAAACGGACUGUUAGAUGACCUAUAAUAAUAAUAAUUUAUUUAUUAGAGUUUCUACUGUAUUUAUCUAACUGAUCAAGACUCGAUUGAGGCGCCUCUGGGGAAUGCGAUUGGGAUUGGAGAAUUUACUUGCAAACGAAUAAGGGUCGGGACAAGAUAUGAUGACAUGGCACAGUCCAAUUAAUAGAAUAAACAUUUGUCACCUAU